UCCUCUCUCUUUGCAAUCUGUGUCUUUCACAAAUCACAAACACACGCAGAGUCCAUGGCGUCAAGCAGCUACACUUCUCUCUGUUCUUCUUCCCCAUCUCUCCCCACCAGACACCCCAAACAAACCGCCACAUCUCUGAGCUGCCUGCUUAAGCUCAAUCACACCAAAACCACCUCAUUUCUCAUCGCAUCAUCCAAUUCCGACUCGCUAACCCUGAAACCAUCCAUCAGAGCAUCCAAGACCGACUCCGAGACUUCCAACGAUCAAGACGAAGAGGAGCAGUACGAGGAGUAUGAGGUGGAGGUGGUGCAGCCCUACGGCCUUAAAUUCGCCAAGGGCAGAGACGGAGGUACCUACAUCGACGCCAUUGCACCCGGCGGAUCCGCCGAUAAGUCCGGCAAGUUCACCGUCGGCGAUCGAGUUCUCGCCACCAGUGCGGUUUUUGGGGAGGAAAUAUGGCCUGCUGCUGAAUAUGGAAGAACAAUGUACACUAUCAGGCAAAGAAUAGGUCCACUGCUUAUGAAAAUGCAGAAGAGAUAUGGAAACACGGAUUACACAGGUGAGCUGACAGAAAAGGAAAUUCUGAGAUUUGAGAGGAAUUCUGGUGUUGUAAGCAGCAGAGUUAGGGAAAUACAAAUGCAGAACUUCUUGAGAAAGAAAGAGCAGAAGGAGCGGAGAGAGAGAGAGCUACGCGAAGGACUCAAGCUUUACAAGAGCGGAAAGUAUGAAGAGGCGUUGGAGAAGUUUGAGUCCGUAUUAGGGUCAAAACCAGAACCUAAUGAGGCUUCAGUAGCUAGCUACAACGUUGCUUGCUGCUAUGCAAAGCUUGAUCAGAUACAAGCUGGACUAUCUGCUCUUAAGGAUGCCUUGGAUGCAGGAUUUGAAGAUUUUAAGAGAAUUCGGGAAGAUCCUGACCUUGAGAACAUCAGGAAAUCAGAGGAAUUCGAUCCUCUUCUGAAGAAAUAUGAUGAGUCUUUCAUCAACGAGAAUGCCAUCAACGCCAUCAAAUCUCUGUUCGGAUUCAACAAGAAAUGACAGAGAUUGUUAGGGAACGCGGCUAAAACCAGCAGACUGUCGUUGGAUGCUAUGUAUAGGACUAGCUCAGUCGAGAGAUUCAUCAACGUUUUUUCAUAGUAUAUUUUACAGUUGUUUGUUUCUCUGAAGGUAUAAGUCUAUUUUACCCAGAGUUUAUAAUGAUGCAAAUUUCAUACAAGCAUUAAAACUGAAUGUAACAAUGAUCAAAUUGUUUGAGUUUGAA